UUCACACUGAUACAGUAUGUGAAAUAACUUCAUACGAAACUACUGCUGUUUGAUGGAUGUUAAAAGAAACUUAAUGCGCUUGCCUAACAACACAACAUGGCGUCUAGUAGCGUGUUUUUAUUGAACAUCAAUGGACAAAUUGAAAGCGGCGAAUUCCCUGAAUUUGAUGACAUCUAUUGCCGUCAUUGUUUUGUCUAUGGAGAUGACUGGAUUAUUACUGCGGGUUUGGAGGAGGGCAUUACCCAAGUGACAAAGAAAAGUCCAGACAGACGUCAAGUACAUGUCUGGAACUUUCCAUUGAAUAUCACAUUUAAAAGUACCAACCCAUUUGGCUGGCCUCGUAUUGUUGUUCAUGCCUAUGGAUUAGACACUUUUGGCAAUGAUGUGGUCCGUGGUUAUGGAAUGUGCCAUGUUCCUAUAAUUCCUGGCAGACACACGUGUUGUCUGCCAAUGUUUGUUCCUGAAUCUACCUCCCUGCUGCAGAAAUUCACAAGCUGGCUGCUUGGCAGACGUCCUGAAUUUGUUGAUGCAAGGAUUGUUGCUCUUGGAGAAGGCAGAGAAGUUUGUAGAGUGAGAACUCAAGGAUUUGUGAAUGUAACUUUCAACGUUGUCAGCAAAGAUAUCAAAAAACUUGGUUACAUCAAUCAAGUCAGCCAACCCCAAGGGACAGCAGCAACAGAAACCAUUGCAGCAGUGAAAUCCUGAGCCUUCUUCUGAGAUUCUGUCAAAACAUCUUCAAUUGUCAUUUUAUAUUCUUAAAUAUUUAUUCCAUCGACUGUCCAAAGAAAUUUAUUCCAUCAUUUCUAUGAUGUAACACUUACCAUCUAUAGUAUACAGACUAUUUUUUUUAUGUUUAUACAUUAUGUACCAUAAUAUAUUGUAUGCAGAUGUUAGUUUUUAAUC